UCAGCACUUGCCAUCAGCACUUGCUUGCAUGGUUGAAAGCCAACACAGCAACCAACCUCGAUCAUUUCCCACUCGCCACUCGACAAGCAACCAAAGAAGCAAAGCAAGAUCACACCUCCCCUUCACAACUCGCCUUCACCACCAGCUACCACCAACAAAAGAUGAGCCACGUCCAGACCUUCUCCGGCCACAGCGGGCAAAACAGCUCCCGCGUGCUUGCGCCUCCCGGCGGCCGCAGCAACUUCUCCUUCUGCGACGGCAGCGAUGUCCAGGCUCGCCCUCAGCCUGCCAAGCGCUCCUACGCCCACAGCCAGCACCACGUCUCCCAGAUCCCCUUUGGUGCGCCCGCCCCUGCUCCCCAGCAGCAGCAGCAGCAGCAGCAGCAGCAGCCUCCUGUCGUCAGCCAACCCCCUGUCGUCAGCCAGCAGCAGCAGCAGCAGCCGGCUAAGACGGUCGCCUCGCCUGCUGCCAAGGGCACGCUUCGCUCCCAGAACUAUGACCUCAAGGUGGAAGGCGGCAAGCACCGCAAGGACGUGCACACCUCCUCCCGUGUGCUCGCGCCCCCGGGCGGCCACACCCACAACAUCUUCGGCUAAACGUAUCGUAUCCUAUCGGACCACACAUGUGUGUGCGUGUGUGAAGUGGACCAACCAUCGCCCACCCCAUCGCGUCGCUCUUUGAGCAUGACCUCGCCUCGCCCACUUCCCUUGUGUCGAUUCGACAUGGCUCUGUGGUCCUGAACGUUCCUUGAUCUGCUUCUCGUGUUCUUCUUGACUUGAUUCCCGCAAUGCCCCUUCUGAUUGAUUGAUUGAUUUGUUUGAUCGAAAGUGUGUGUGUGUGUGUGCGGGUCUUAAGCGUUGACCGCUGUUGGUUCCUGCGUGUGUGUGUGUGUGUGUGUGUGUGUGUGUGUGUGUGUGUGGUUGCUGCCCCCUUUUUUGCUGUCUGGUCCCUUGUGCUUGCUUGGUUCAUUCUUUGCAUCUCUUGCCCGUGUUGUCACUGCUGCAGAAAGGGUACACAGUAAAACCCAUCCCAACUCCCAACAUCACAUCACAUCAAGCAAGCAAGAAACAAAAAAAAAAAAACAAGA